AUGCCACCGACAACGAAAGCGCACAGCGUGCGCCUGCUCGCCCUGGCCGGCGUGGUGCUGUUCGCGACGCUCGCGCUGCUCGACUACCAGCGCGUCUUUUCCGAGGUGCCAUACUCGUCCCGCGCCGGCGCGCUCUUCACCACCAGCGGCGGCGCAGCGCAGUGCGGCGCCGACUGCCCACCCGACCCGUUCACCGCGCCCGGCAUGAUCCACUGGUCGGCUACGGGCCAGGCAAACGAGACGCGCUGGCUGCCGUUUCCUCGGCUAGGACAGCCGUGGGACGACGCAGGCAAGAACGUCUACGAGCUCGCCAAGGCCGACGCCGUGCCCUCCCAGGCUUGGGAGAGCGCGGCGCCGCAGGUCGCUGCUGCGCUUGAGAGGGGGGAGGACGUGGCGUGGCUCAAGGGACGCACGGUGCUGUUCAUUGACGACCGCAACAACGUCCAGCAGCUCUGCGAAGUCAUCCGCGGCAAGUACUACGGCUGGGGCAACCAUAUCGGGGGGUACUGCCACGAUGCCGCGCGCGACCUCGUGCUCGUCAACUGGUUCCUCUUCGGCAUGGUCGACGUCGAGGACAAGUUCCCGGGCACCGACCCCGCGCCGCACGUCUUCGAGGGGCGCUUCGAGCAGGUGUUCGUGCCCAAGAUGGCUGAGACGGGCUUGGCGAGCCGCGGCGUCGACCUGGCCGUUGUGUCGAGCUUGUUCUGGGACGCCUUGUUCUUCUCGGCCGAAGCAGGCGCAAUGGGCAUCGACCGCGCGCAGGCGCACGGCAUCCUCUGGCACGAAGCCGCGUGGUUCCGCGCGCGCAUCCACGCGCUCUUCGCCGCCGUGCGCACGCUGUACCCCGCCGCACCGGUCAUGUUCCGCACCCGCCAGAUCCGCGAGGUGCACUCUUACGACCAGCUGCUCCGCGUCUUCCAGCUCGACCAGGCCGCGCGCGCCGUCGCCAAGGAGGACGGCGUGGCGCUGUUUACUUGGGGCGAGAAGCUCGAGGGGUACACUGCAUACUACGACCACGACCAGCACUUUGCCCUCGGUCCAAACACAUACCUCUUUGGCGACAUGACAUUCUUCUACCUCCGCCGCGCCAUCACGCCCGGCUGCUGGCGCUGCCGCGAGCGGGAAUAG